UCGCAGAUAUGCCCUCGGGGGCGCGCCUCCUUCUUAUCCCCUCUCUCUCUCUGCCUGCCCCUGCCCCUGCCCCUGCCCGCCUCUCUCUGUCUCCUCCCUCCUUCCCUUUCCCCUCCCAAGGCCAGGCUUGCCCUCGUCUCCCUCCGGUCCAGGAAUCCGCCAUGAAGGGGGCCAAAUCCAAGGGCGCCGCCAAGGCAGAUGCCAAGUUGGCGGUGAAGAGCAAGGGAGCGGAGAAGCCCGCCAAGGGCAGGAAGGGAAAGGCCGGCAAGGACCCCAACAAGCCCAAGAGGGCGCCCAGCGCCUUCUUCGUCUUCAUGGAGGAAUUCCGCAAGGAGUUCAAGGAGAAGAACCCUAAGAACAAGUCUGUUGCGGAGGUGGGAAAAGCAGCCGGUAACAGGUGGAAAUCCCUGACAGAUGCGGACAAGGCUCCUUAUGUAGCCAAGGCCAAUAAGCUCAAGUCGGAGUACAACAAGGCCAUUGCCGCCUACAACAAGGGCGAGAGCACUGCUGCUGCCAAGAAGGCUCCUGCCAAGGAGGAAGAGGAGGAAGAUGAAGAGGAGUCUGACAAGUCAAAGUCCGAGGUCAAUGAUGAGGAUGAUGACGAGGGUAGUGAGGAGGAGGAAGACGAUGACGAGUGAACUCAGCUGAAGAUGAUGUGCUCCACUGAACGAUGGAGUGGUGAAUGCAAAGGCCCCGUGGCGGGAAUUAUAAGGAGCCUAUCCUAUCUACUAGAAUUAUUCAGUUUCACUUCACAUCGUGAUGUUUUACUUUUGUCGUCCUAUAACGGAUAGCGCUCCUUGUUGGCGCCACCGGCGUCUGGCGGGAUGCAAUGCCCCGCUUGUUACCUAGAUUACUGUUUCCAUCGUCAUCGGCUAAUAUUGUGAUAAUAUCAGUUUGGGUAAUGUUAGAUGAAGUAAUCAUUGUUGUCUUUGGUUA